AUGUCUGCUUUCGUGGAACAUUGGCAUAAGGAAACUAGUAGUUUCCAUUUGCCCGUAGGAGAGGUGACUAUCACCUUGGAUGACAUGGUGGUGUUGCUACAUUUACCGAUCAUAGGGGCGUUCUAUAGCUUCGAGCAGCUUCAUAUCGACGAUGUUGUCUAUAUGUUGGUGGAAUUACUCGAGUGUUGGAUCUAUAAGCAUUUCCUGUCUAUUGGUUCUGCCAUAGUUGACGAGGAUUAUGACCAGCGGAGACUGCGUGCAUGCCGGUGGACCUCUGGUAAGGCAUUACCCGAGUUGACAUAUCGUAGGCGUCUGGACAGAUCGACCCCUAAUGUUGUGUGUUGGAUUCCAUAUGGUGAUCACCGUUCAUUUAGAGAAUUUGAGUUCGAUGACUAUAUUGCACCUGUAGGGAAAAUUUGUAUAGUGCCUUGCCAAUGUUCGUCAAAUUACAUGGAGUGGGUCUACAUGAUUUUGCAUUCGUUUAUGACUCCGGCACAACAAGGGGAUCCUCCUAGAGUUCCGUCGGUUCAACAAUAUGACACAUUUGUUGAACCAGAUGUGCCUCAGCAACUGGUGGUGGCAGCGGCACCUGAUGAACCAGACGUUGAUAUGCAUUGUCCUCGACAUGUAGUGGAUGGUUAUGUAGCAAUUGCUAAUAAAUUGGAGGGGCUACUGAACCUAAGGAUCUUGAUCGAAGGAAUAGAAGCCUAUACUGUUACUGAAGAAUGUCUAAGCAUCGCCAGAAGCUAUAUUGGUCAACCAACUAGAGGUCACAAAUCGAGACGUAGGCAACAUAUGGACGAUCAUUGA